CAACAUGGCGGUCCCUGGUAGCGGCGCGUUCUUUCGCUUCGAGUUUUGGCUGGGGCGGGGGUCUGUGCUUUAGGCAGGUAGUAUUUAGUUUCACAAUGUUUGGGGACCUGUUUGAAGAGGAUUAUUCCGGUGUGUCAAAUGAUCAUUAUGGAAAAGGGAAGAAAUUAAAGACCAAAGGUUUGGAGCCACCUGCUCCUAGAGAAUUCACCAAUUUAAGUGGAAUCAGAAAUCAAGGUGGAACCUGUUACCUCAAUUCCCUUCUUCAGACUCUUCAUUUCACACCUGAAUUCAGAGAAGCUUUAUUUUCUCUUGGCCCGGAAGAGCUUGGUUCGUUAGAGGAUAAGGAUAAACCUGACGCAAAGGUCCGAAUCAUACCUUUGCAGUUACAGCGGUUGUUUGCACAGCUUCUGCUCUUAGACCAGGAAGCUGCAUCCACCGCAGACCUCACUGACAGCUUUGGGUGGACCAGUGAUGAGGAAAUGAGGCAACAUGAUGUACAGGAACUGAAUCGAAUUCUCUUUAGUGCUUUGGAAACUUCUUUAGUUGGGACCUCCGGCCAUGACCUCAUCAAUCGUCUAUAUCACGGAACCAUUGUUAACCAGAUUGUUUGUAAAGAAUGUAAGAAUGUCAGUGAAAAGCAGGAAGACUUCUUAGAUCUCACAGUAGCGGUCAGAAAUGUAUCAGGUUUGGAAGAUGCACUCUGGAACAUGUAUGUGGAAGAGGAAGUUUUUGACUAUGACAACUUGUACCACUGUGGGACUUGUGACAGGCUGGUUAAAGCAGCAAAGUCGGCCAAAUUGCAUAAGCUGCCGCCCUUUCUUACUUUUUCAUUAUUAAGAUUUAAUUUUGAUUUUGUGAAGUGUGAACGGUACAAGGAAACAAGCUGUUAUACGUUCCCUCUCCGGAUCAAUCUCAAGCCAUUUUGUGAACAGAGUGAAUUAGAUGACUUGGAAUAUAUGUAUGACCUCUUCUCAGUUAUUAUACACAAAGGUGGUUGCUACGGAGGCCAUUAUCAUGUGUAUAUUAAAGAUGUCGAUCAUUUGGGAAACUGGCAGUUUCAAGUCCUUAUGCUUUGUCUCCCAGACCCUGUCCUGUAUGAGCAUCAAGGUGGAAGCUGUGUGUCAGCAAGGUUGGGUGGCUUGGAGACCUCAACUCUGGAUUUCUUCCCUGGAUUCCCAUGUCACUUGUUCUCUGAGGAUUUUCCCGAUGUUCUCUUGCUAGUUCAGCAUGUGUUUAAAAAGGAGGACAAAAGUAAUCCAGAUGUGAAUUUGGAAGAUCUUCAAAAUGAAGAAGAGAUUGAUGAUCCAUUGAUGAUUCUAAAAGCAGUCUUAUUACAGGAGGAGAGUAAUCUAAUUCCUGUUGAUCAGCUGGGCCAGAAACUCUUGAAAAAGAUAGGAAUGUCUUGGAAUAAGAAGUACAGAAAACAGUAUGGACCACUGCGAAAGUUUUUACAGCUUCAUUCUCAGAUAUUUCUGCUCAGUUCAGAUGAAAGUACAGUUAGUCUGUUGAAGGACUGUUCUCUCCAGGCUGAGUCUGAUAUACGAAGAAGUGAUCAACAACUUUUGAAGACGCUUACUUCAGAACCCCCAGAAUUAAAUGAUAGACCCUCCUGUCCCCACUGGUUUGAUAUAAACGAUUCCAAAGUCCAACCAAUCAAGGAAAAGGAUAUUGAACAGCAAUUUCAGGGUAAAGAAAGUGCCUACAUGUUGUUUUAUCGGAAAUCCCAGUUGCAGAGACCCCCUGAAGCUCGAGCUAACCCAAGGUACAGGGUUCCAUGUCAUUUGCUGAAUGAAAUGGAUGCAGCCAACAUUGAACUACAAAUAAAAAGGGCAGAGUGUGAUUCUACAAACAAUAAUUUUGAAUUGCAUCUCCACCUCGGCCCUCACUAUCACUUCUUCAAUGGGGCUCUGCACCCAGUAGUCUCUCAAACAGAAAGCAUGUGGGAUUUGACCUUUGAUAAAAGAAAAACUUUAGGAGAUCUUCGACAAUCAAUAUUUCAGCUGUUAGAAUUUUGGGAAGGAGAUAUGGUUCUUAGUGUUGCAAAGUUUGUACCAGCAGGACUUCAUGUUUACCAGACACUUGAUGGAGAUCACCGGACACUGUGUGAAAUUGAAAUUGCUGACGGGGAAGACAUCUUUGUGUGGAAUGGGGUGGAGGUUGGCGGAAUCCAGAUUCCAGCUGGUAGUGACUGUGAACCCCUGCUUUUAAAUGUUCUUCAUCCGGCAACAAGCGGAGAAGAAGAGGAGUGUCAGCAGUUGAUAGACUCUCCACAUGUCUUUCCAUCUAAUGCAGAAAUAGGUAGUGUAUUCACAGCCUUUGCAAUCCCAGACGGAGUCAUCUUAGUCAACAAUACUGAGUCUGUAGGUGAAGAGAGCUGGACCACCAUUCCCAAGGAAGACUUGAAGAAGACAUUCAGAGAACAAGGUCUCAGGAAUGGAAGCUCAAUUUUAAUUCAGGAUUCUAAUGAUGGUAACAGUUUGUUGACCAAACAAGGGAAAUGGAUCACCAGUAUGAAUGAGAUUGACUGGCUCCAAGUUAAAAAUUUAUGCCAAUUAGACUCUGAAGAAGAGCAAGUCAAAAUAUCAGCAACUCUUAACACAGUGGUGUUUGAUAUUCGAAUUAAAGCCAUAAAGGAAUUAAAAUUAAUGAAGGAACUAGCCGAGGACAGCUGUUUGAGGCCUAUUGAUAGAAACGGGAAGCUUCUUUGUCCAGUGCCAGACAAUUAUACUUUGAAGGAAGCAGAAUUGAAGAUGGGGAGUUCACUGGGACUGUGUCUUGGAAAAGCACCAACUUCUUCUCAGCUGUUCCUGUUUUUCGCUGUGGGGAGCGAUGUUCAGCCUGGGACAGAGAUGGAGAUCAUUGUAGAAGAAACAAUAUCUGUGAGAGAUUGUUUAAAGGUAAUGCUGGAGAAAUCUGGCCUUUCAGGAGACGCAUGGCAUUUACGAAAAAUGGAUUGGUGCUAUGAAGCUGGGGAGGCUUUAUGUGAAGAAGAUGCAGCACUGAAAGAGCUUAUGCUCUCUUCCGGAGACACUUUGCUUUUAAUUGAAGGAAAACUUCCUCCUCUGGGUUUCCUGAAGGUGCCCAUCUGGUGGUACCAGCCACGGGGUUCCUUGCAUCACUGGAAGAGUCAUCAGGACCAGACAAACUGUACCUUUUCUCAAGGCGGGGUCUGGAGAGCUAAUUCCAUCCAAGAUGCUUCCAGUGACGCGCAUGCAGAAGUUUCCCUCCGCUACUUGGGAGACGUUGACAUCUCAGAAGAUGCUACGUUGGGGGAGCUGAAGUCUCAGGUCAGCCUUCCUCCUGCAGCGCACCUUGGUGGUGAUCUGGCUGCUUCCAGCCAUGACCUUGCCCUCCUUCUCGGAGUUUUCCAUCCCAUCGCCCGCCUUCCUUAGAGCCUGGACGGUGGAAAGUAGGCGCCCCGGCAGGCUCUUACGAGUCCACUAUCAGCGGCUCAGGUAGGGCUCUCAGUUGAACAUUCCCCAACAGGUCAUUCCACGUUUGUCAUGUCGAUGAUACUUUUUAUCAUAAAUUAAACUCUGAGACAACUUCAGUUUCUCAUAUUAAGUAUAAAUGUAGUUUCAUCUGUUUUUACUAUGGUCCAGAGACUGUGAACAAAAUUUUGAUUGUUUCCCCCCCCAGCUUUAUUGAGAUAUAAUUGCCAUAUAACACUGUAUAAAUUUAAGGUGUACAACCUAUUGAUUUGACAGACAUAUAUUGCAGAAUGAUUACCACCAUAGCAUUAGCGAACAACCUCCAUCACAUCAUAUAAUCGCCAUUUCCUUUUUGUGAGAACAUUUAAGGUCUACUUUCUUAUUAGCAACUUUCAAGUAUAUAAUUCAGUGUUAUAAGAUGAAUAUGUUCUGGGGAUGUCAUGUACAGCAUGUUGAUUAUAGUUUAUAACUGGAAGUAUGUACCCUUUGACCAACAUCUCCCCUUUUCAGCCAGUCCCAGUCCCUGGUAACCACCAUCCUAGUCCCUGUUUCUAUUAGUUCAGCUUGUUUAGAUUCCACAUAUAAGUGAUAUCAUACAGCAGUUGUCUUAUCUCACUUAGCAUAAUGCCCUCAGGGUCCAUCCAUGUUGUCUCAAACAACAGGAUGUCCUUCUUUCUUAUGACUGAAUGAUAUUCCUUUGUGUGUACACAUACAUACAUACACCACAUCUUUAUCCAUUCACUGGUUAACAGACACUAGGUUUUUCUAUAUCUUGCCUAGUGUGCAUAAUGCUGCAAUGAACAUGGGAGUGCAGAUAAUCUCUUUGAGAUCCUGUUUUCAUUUCCUUUGGUGAGGUACCCAGAAGUGGGAUUGCUGGAUCAUAUGGUAGUUCUAUUUUUAAUUUUCUAAGGAACCUCCAUACUGUUUUUCCAGAGUGGCUGAACCAAUUUACAUUCCCACCAGCACUGAACAAGGGUUCCCUUUCCUCCACAUCCUCAAAAACACUUGCUAUCUGCUAUCUCUUGUCUUUUUGAUGAUAAGCAUUCUAACAGGUGUGAGAUGAUACCUCAUUGUGGUUUUGAUUUGCAUUUCCCUGAUGAUUAAUGAUGUUGAGUACCUUUUCAUGUACCUGUUGGCCAUUAGUAUGUCUUCUUUAAAAAAAAAAAAGUCUGGGGCUUCCCUGGUGGCGCAGUGGUUGAGAGUCGGCCUACCGAUGCAGGGGACGUGGGUUCGUACCCCGGUCUGGGAAGAUCCCAUGUGCCGCGGAGCGGCUGGGCCCGUGAGUCAUGGCCGCUGAGCCUGCGCGUCUGGGGCCUGUGCUCGGCAACGGCAGAGGCCACAACAGUGAGAAGCCCGUGUACCGCAAAAAAAAAAAAAAAAGUCUGUUCACGUCCUCUGCCAUUUUAAAAUCAGAUUGCUUUUUGCUAUUGAGUUGUAUGAGUUCUCUAUAUACUUUGAAUAUUAACCCCUUAGAUUUGCAAACACUUUCUGCUGCUUCAUAGGUUGCCUUUUCAUUUUGUUGAUGGUUUCUUUUGCUGUGCAGAAGCUUUUUAUUUUGAUGUAGUCCCACUUGUUUAUUUUUGCUUUUAUUGCUUUUGCUUUUGGUGUCAAAUCCAGAAAAUCAUUGCCAAGGCUGAUGUCAAGGAGCUUACUCCUCUGUCUUCUUCUAGGAGUUUUACAAUUUCAGGUCUUAACGUUCAAAUCUUUUAAUCUAUUUUAAGUUGAUUUUUGCAUAAGGUGUAAGAUAGGGGUCUAGUUUCGUUCCUUCGCAUGAGACUGUCCAGUCCCCCCAGCACCAUUUAUUGAAGAGACUCUUUUCCCCAUUGUGUGUUCUUGGCUCCUAUGUCAUAAAUUAAUUGACCAUAUAUGCAUGCGUUUAUUUCUGGGCUCUCUAUUGUGUUCUUUUUUUUUUUUUUGGCCAUGCUGUGUGGCAUGCGGGAUGUUAGUUCCCUGACCAGGGAUCGAACCCACGCCCCCUGCAGUGGAAGUGAGGAGUCUUAACCACCGGACCACCAGGGAAGUCCCUCUUUUGGGUUCCAUUGAUGUAUGUGUCUGUGUUUAUGCCGGUACUAUACCGUUUUGAUUACUAUAGCUUUAUAGUAUAGUUUGAAAUGAGGGAGCAUGAUGCCAUCAGCUUUAUUCUUCUUUCUUUUUUUUUUUUAAAUUUUAUUUAUUUUUAUUUAUUUUUUGGCUGCGUUGGGUCUUCGUUGCUUCGCGCGGGCUUUCUCUAGUUGCGGCAAGCGGGGGCUACUCUUCGUUGCGUUGCGAGGGCUUUUCAUUGCAGUGGCUUCUCUUGUUGCAGAGCACAGGCUCUAGGCGCGC